AGCCUUAUCUCAUCCUCCGAGAAAAAAAACAACCGACUGAGUCGGGUCAGUCUCUCAGUCGCCAACCGCACAAAUUCACACAUUAUUUAUUAUUUUAACACAAUUUUGGGAGUCGAUUCUUUGUGUCAAAGGGUGCAAAAAAUAGCAGAGAUGAGUCAGGCAGAGCAGGUGCUUGAGGGUACACCUGCUAACCUUAAUGAUGAGCCAAUAGAUUCAGCAGACACCCUCAAAGAGCACCCUCCAACCCAGACGGGCAUGCUGGGCAGGUUGGCGGGGGGCUUGUAUGGCGUCACCAAAGGGGCUGUGGAAGCUACCGUGGGCGGCGUGACCUGGGUGGGAGGAAAAAGCCUGGAUCUCACCAAGACGGCCGUCAGCUCCGUGGCCGCCGUGCCCGCGGCCGGAGUGGGCCUUGUCAAAGGAGGAGUGUGCGCCGUCGCCGGCGGCGUGACGGCGGUCGGCUCGGCCGUGGUCAGCAGAGUUCCGAUCGGAGGAGGCAAAAAGAAGGACAAAUCCGACUGACGGCGAGAGGAGAGCGAAAGCACACCGCCCGGGGUGUUGAUCACACUGAGAGUUGGCAUCAGAUAUCGCCAGGUCGAGGCAGCAAGGCGAUGAGCAAUAUGGGACUCAAGCAAUCAAUGUGAAUGUGUUGUUCUUUGCUUUUUGUAUUCACUUUCUGUUCAGUAUAACGGCGUGUUUAUAAACUCCAAGAGACUGUACCGUGGUUUGUUCUGGAGGGAAGCCUUUUCUUUUCACCUGGUAGUCAAGUGAUCCAAUAAAAUGUCCAUGUCUCAUUUUGAACUGCGGGCUGCACAAGACAAAUCCUAAAUGCACUUGAAAAUCACCAGCGAGACAAUCAGCCAUGAAUGCAAAUCAAUAAUUGAGGAUCAGGUUUUUUUUGUUCCAUGUUUUUAUUUCAAUUAGUCAUGCAAGCUUGAAAUAUUCGGGUAAAAUUUGAGGAUGACUCAAGUGCUCUACAUCCUUUAUUUACAUUCAUCUAGCAUUUUCUCGACCCAUGAACUUCAAUGUCCCCCUGCCCACGUAUCCAACCUUUUAAUUUUUGAGUACAUUUUGCACAACUUGCUGUUUCUUGAACACGGCCCACAAUGGGACAAUUCACAACACGUUUGUGUCGGACCAAAACGUCGACAAGGUUAUCACACCUCAUGCCUUUCUGUGACUCUUUCGGUUUCUCUGGAGCAGCCUGCUGAUGACACGGUGACACUCAGUGGCCUCUUUCCCUGCGAGAACAUCUUGUUUGAAACUUUGUAAUGAUGAUGUUGUGUUGCCCAAUUGUUCGGUGUCAUCUCGGACUUGUGAUGUCAAAAAUGCAAAAAGCAAAAUGAAGGGGGAUUGUUUAAUUUGUUUAAUUCUAAUUCAGCUCAGACAUUUAUUGGUCCAUUCAUGAUUCAAAGCGGCAAAUCACAGUGUUAGCAUCGGAGAGACAGGAAGAGUCACAGAAAGACACGGAAGUGUUGGUGCACAGCAAGUUGUGUAAAAUGCACCGAAACAUGGAACAGUUGGGCAUGUGAGUCAUGUCAUUUUUGUCAGUUAUGUAAGUCUAGAAACUUAAACCAACCCUGAACUCAAAUGUACCUGCUCCUCCAUUUUGUUUUCGAGGUCAUUGUUCAUGUUCCGCACGAGACAUAAACACAUUUUUGGGGGCAUUUAUUGUUCAAAUGUUAACUAUCAUGUUGGCAAAAAAAAUCUUCUGACUACAUUUGAAUCAAGAAAUGGAAAAGUAAACAUUACUACAAUAAAUUGUGAAGGAUUGGA